AAUGACUUCCACAUAUUUAAAAUUAUUGAGUUAAAAAAAUUUAAUAAAAGAAACUGAUUACUAACUCAGGAAUUUUAAACAAGUGGAAGUCUUUUAAUGAAAUUAUGGAUAAAUGACGUGGUCCACCAAUAACCUUAUAAUUUCUCCAUGUCUUCACCCUCUUUUAAAGCAUGUCCACAUCCCUGCAGCUCUUCUCUCUGUCUCUCUCUCAAUUUUGUUAAUUUUGCAUUAUUCUGAUGGUUAGGGUUUACCCAAUCUAUCGUUAUUUGGCUCCUAGUAACCAUUCUGACGGCUUUCGUAGCACCAUGAAAGUUCAGGUGGCUGAGUUGCAUGCACCUACUAAUGUCAUCCAAUCUCCCGAAAUGAUUCUCACUUGCCAUAGCAUUCAAAGCACUCACCCCUAUGGCAUUUUUUAUGGAGAGAAUCCCUUGAAUUCCUCCUUCACACUAUUGUUGCUUGAGAUAACCCUUGUUAUCGUUAUCAUUCAGAUCCUUCGCUUUCUUUUGAAGCCUCUCAAACAGCCUAGGAUUGUCGCAGAGAUCAUUGGCGGUAUAAUCAUCGGUCCCUCCGUUCUAGGCCACAACAAAAAGUUCUUCUCAUGUAUGUUCCCAGAUAAUACCCAAUACGUGUUGAGAAAUAUUGGAAUAAUGGGUUUUAUGUAUUUCGUUUUUGUAAUCGGUGUGAAAAUGGAUCUAUCCCUAGUAAAAAAAGCAGGAAAAAAGGAAAUGUAUAUUGCAUUUGCCGGAAUGGUGUUUCCCUUAAUAAUAGUUGUACUUGCUGCAAUGAUUAUGCGCCAGUCCAUGGAUAAAGAUCUUGCAAAAUUUGCUUCGAUUGGAGCAAUUUCUUCUUCCAUGGCUAUAACAUCAUUUCCGUGCAUAUAUACUAUUCUUGAAGAGCUAAAUCUCCUAAGCUCCGAGGUUGGACGAAUGUCACUAUCCACGUCGAUGAUUUGCGAUGCAAUAGGGCUUAAUGCUUUUUAUGCGUUUGAGGCAGCAAAACAAGGGGAAACAAAGCCCAUGGCUGCGUUAUGGUAUUUGAUAUCUUUGGCGGUUUUAGUGGCUUUCUGUGUCAUUUUCGUUGGGCGAGGAAUGCAGUGGAUCGUUGACCAUACUCCUGAAGGGGAUCCAGUUGAUCAAGGCUAUGUGGUUGCAAUUUUGUUAUUGGUUUUAGUUAUGGGGUUUCUCACAGAUUUUUUUGGGGUCGCCAUUGCUACAGGGCCAAUGAUGUUGGGACUGGUUAUACCGGAUGGCCCUCCACUGGGAUCGACCCUUGUGGCAAGGUGUGAAACUCUUAUUUUUGAGUUGCUCAUGCCAAUUGCAUUUAUUUUUAUUGGGAUUACCACAGAUGUAUAUUCCAUGACUGCUGCUGGCUGGGUGCACUUAUCGCCAUUGUUUGCUCUGGCUCUGAUUGGCUACUUUUCCAAGCUGCUUGUGACCGCCAUGGCUGCUGUCUUCGUUAACGUCCCAUUAAGGGAGAGUUUCACUAUGAGCUUCAUUUUGAGCUUAAGAGGCCAAGUCGAGAUUUUAUUAUAUCUCCAUUGGAUGGAUAAAGUGAUUAUAGGUCAGCCAGGUUUCUCUUUGCUAAUACUAUUAACAGCAGCGGUGACUGGAACAUGUACAGCUUUGAUCAGCAUCCUCUAUGAUCCAACAAAGCCAUACAUGGUGAAUAAAAGGAGAACCAUUCAACAUACCUCUCCAGAAAAUGAAGUUCGUAUAGUUCUAUGCAUGCAUGACCUGGAAAGCGUGAAUGGCCUCAUCAAACUUGUUGAGGUCUCCAAUCCUACUGUCACUAGCCCAUUCUCAAUCUUUGCUCUCCAUCUCAUUGAGCUUGUUGGUCGUGCUGCCCCCUUGUUUAUAGAUCACGAAGAACAGAAAUUGCCUUCCAAAUAUGGAUCCUCUGAGGCUAUCCUCGGUGCCCUAAAGCUUUAUCAGGAAAGCCAAAAUGCUUACCUCAAUCUCCGUACAUUCACAGCUGUGUCACCGAAAAAAACCAUGUUCCAAGAUAUUUGCAAGCUUGCUCUUGAAUGCAAAGCUACUCUCGUCAUCUUACCAUUCCACAAGGAACACUGGGAUAUUGGAGGAGCAGAAAUUGUACUAGCUGGAGUCAGGUCUGUGAACUCCAAUGUCUUAGCUCAUGCACCUUGUUCUGUUGGAAUUCUUUUUGACAAAGGUAAUUUUCAAAGGGCUGUUCCAGCCAUAUCCACGGAGAAUUCUGUCCACCACCAUUUUGUUUUGCUAUUUUUAGGAGGAGCAGAUGCUCGAGAAGCUCUUGUUUUUGCAGAUAGAAUGGCUGGGAACCGGAGCAUCUCUCUUACUGUGAUACGCUUUCUUUCCUAUAACUUUAAUGGAGAUAAUGAGAUGGAGAAAAAGCUUGAUGAUGGGUUAGUUACAUGGUUUUGGGUUAAAAAUGAGAAAAAUGAUAGGGUGGUUUAUAGAGAGGUGGUGGUGAGGGAUGGAGAUGAAACUAUUGCAGCUAUUCAGGCCAUGAAUUCUGAAUCGUAUGACCUUUGGAUUGUGGGAAGGAAACAUGGGAUAAAUCCAGUACUCCUUGAGGGAUUAACAAAGUGGAGUGUAAAUCAGGAACUAGGUGUGAUUGGUGACUAUCUCACUUCUGGAGAUCUUGGUAGCUCUGCCUCUGUGCUAGUGAUGCAACAGCAAGUUAUGAGAAGCAAUGUGGGGACUACGCCUUGUUCACUAGGAAUAUUUCCAUGUAAUUUAUGCUAGCUAUGCAUGUACUGUUUCCUUCAUAUACGUAUAAUUUUCGUAUUUCUGAUAUUGUAUAGCCAGAAGGCUUCCCAAACCUCAGGGUUAAAAGCUUGGGGACUAGAAGCCAGCUGAUCAGGUAAUUUAGAAAUUAAAUCAUGUUUCGCAAGUAGUAAAAGCAACAAAAUACCUCUUAAGUAUACCUAGGAUUGCUAUCUUUUAAGUGGAGGGUUUGACAAAUUCAUGGAAUUGAGAUGGAACAAAGAAAAAGUGAAUGAGAUAUAUACGUGACACCUUCUCCGUUGAUUGACAUGAAAAGAGUUUGCUCUAU